AACGAGCAGCGUCACCGUGUUUACCCGGAAAUGAGAGUCUCCUACAGUAACUGCUGUCGUUUUACCGAUUUCGUAGCGUUUUAAUAUUAGUAUAAUUAAAAAUUACAGUAUAAUAUGGACGUAAAAUUUUGACUCGCUAUGUACAGCGGACUCCUGCCUAAAGGUUUAACCGAAGACGACCUCAGUCCAGAUGAAGAGGCUGAGCAGGAGGAUGUGGAGGAGAGAAGGGAGGGUGAAAAGGGCUCUGUUGAAAAUUUGAGCUCUGCGGCGAAAAACACAAGCUCGGUGGUGGAGACACAGCCGAUUAACACUGCCAAUGAUGCUGACAGUGAUUCUCCGACAUGCAGCAUGCCUGGUAUAUCCCAGGAAAUGUGGCAAAAAUUCCAGGAUCUACGGAAGCAGAAAGAUGAAAUUAAGAUGAUGAAAGUCCCUGGAAGAAGAAGAAGAAGGCGACACAAGAAAGGAGCAGAGAGUGAGGAACCUACAGAGACAAGCAGAGAGUGUCAGGUGAAGCGGGAGAAGCCCUGGGAUGAGCUGCAGCAGUAUUUUGGUGUAAAUGAUCGAUUUCAUCCCCCUGCAUGUUCCAAACCUCCUCCGAAGUCCGGCCUAGAAAAGAGCAUAGAGAGGGCCAUAGCUGAAGGGGACAUUGCAAAGGCGGAGGAGAUGAGCGACAGACUCGCCACUCGAGAGAUGGCUGUGAAAAUCGCUCAAGCCGCUGAUUGCCGUGACUUUGUGCAACGCAAACAGGAAGAGGAAGCUUUGAGGGCAGCGCAGAAAAGGAAGAAGCAAAUAGCCUGGGGGUUUGAGGCAAAGAAGCGAUGGGAAACCAAAAGCAACAUGGGCUACAUGUGAGAAACAUGGAGGAAAAGAAGCAGGACUUUGAUUUUUGUAGCUAAUUUGAUAAAAGUGGUGUUUUUUUUUAUAGUGAACUGAUCGUGUUUCUUUUUAUUCUUCUUGUAUAUUUUGAAGACUUCACACCAGCAGCAUGUGAGGAGGGGGAAGUCACGCUGUUGGCUGUGGAGGAAAAAAAAACCCAAUCCACAGCGUACAAGAGAGAGAAAAAAUGAUGGAGCAUUCAAAUUAAUUCCUAAGGCGCCCAUUGGUGUCUGCAUUGUGUUAUUUUUCAUUACAUUUCAGUGAUUUGAGCGUUCUGGCCUCUUUUUUUCCCCUUCAAAUUAAAUCUGGUGUACAUUACUGGAUGAUGCGUUUAUUUAUUGCUGUAAAGUGGGUUAAUCAUGAAGGCGCUCCUUUCUUCUUCCGAGGAAGAGAAAGGAAAGAUUAGGGCUCUAAUGCAAUGUACAGGAUAAUGUGCGAUAGGAUUUGGGAGUAGAAAAUGAAAUUUGGCUGCUGUAAACUGUUGUGAGCAGUCGUAAACUGGAAGUUUGAAACAGAGGCUUUGCUGUUGGCCCUCGCCCAUGCUGGGAGACUCGCUAUUGUUUCUCGGGCUGAACAAGAGCCACGCGCUGUUUCUCGAAGCCUACACUUGCCGCUCAUUGUGCGCUGAGCACUCUUCAGCAUCUGUAAACUCGUCUAAAAACCCAUCGAUUUUCCGUUACUUUGAUCCUUUUUGAUCUGCAGCGUUUUGCCUCCGCAGCUACUCAACACUUGUGAAAUGCUCAUUCAGAUUCCAGGAAGUGUUAAUUGCAAACAGCAUGCAAAAAGAAGCAUAAGAGAGAUAAUUACUUUUAUUCAUAAUGCAUGCUUUUUUUUUCUCAAACCAUAGAAAAUGAUUGCUUUGCUUCAAGGUAAUGAGAAUUAAAAUUAAUCCACCUAAGUUGUUUGCAUUGCACAUAUUUGGGCACUUUGUCCCCUGGUGAGAUGGGUUACUGUCAUAGCUCUGCUGCGUAGGCUGAAUCAGUACGAGGGAAAAUUAACAAAACAUCAGCAUUAAAAGUUUGUACGCAAUUAUGAUCCAAAACACCUGAGCUGAAGAAACCUAGAUAGGAGCGUAGAAACACAGAAUUUUUAAAACCGCAGCUUUUUGUAUCAUUUCUCAUCACAUGACCGCAUGUCUGAGAAGCUGUCAGUUGGUGGGAAUUGGUGCUAAUUAAACUAUUAAUUAUCUCUGUAAUGAGACGCAAGUUAAAACUGUGUUAAGCACAUCAAAGUACAACAUGGGAUUUCUUCACUUUGAUGAGUGCUAUGAAAAAUAUAUCUUGACUGAGGAGUGAGGAAACAUCAGAGAUGCUUUAUUAAUGGGACAAAGGGAAGUAAAAAAAAUUUAGGGCCCUUUAAAGUUUUGAGUAAUUGCUUAAUAAAAAGGUUUAUUUACAGAGAA